UGUGUGUUCAGCGCACGGAGUGUGUGUGGCGCGUGUGUCGAGCUCCAAGGUGAGCGCGCGGUGUUCCAGGGGUGUUAAACAUGUGGAAGGCGGUCCAGCUCGGAGUCCUCAGGGCCGCGAGGAGCGGACCGUGUCUGCCGGCCCGCCGGUUCCCCUCCGCGGGCUCCGGCUCAGAGGCCGCCGCCGCGCUCCGGAUGAGCCGGCGGAGGAGCAGCAGAGCCGGCGGGCCGGAGCGCAGCUGCACGGUGGACCCGGAGCUGGAGGAGAAGUUCGUGUUUGUGGACUGUACAGAUCUGGAGGAGGACCAUCAGGAGGAGAAAGACCUCCUCCAUCAGCUCAGCCUCGCCUCCUCCUCCUCUGCUCCUCCUCCUGCUCCUCCUGCUCCUCAGAGACACCUGAGGUCUCUGGAGCGGCAGCUGCAGGCGUUGAGGGGCGUGGCCAGGCAGGAGGCGGAGCCUGACUCUCUCAUCGAGUUCCACGAUGUCGACUUCCCACUGGACGAGAGCGUCGUGGCGGCAAAGAAGAAAAAGAAGAAGUCGGCGGUUAAAGGUGAGCAUAAAGUCUACGGCACGCCGGACGAGGACGAGCCGGUCAGCAACACCUGCUGCUCAGGCUGCGGCGCUGUCCUGCACUGCACCGCCGCCGCCGUCCCCGGGUACCUGCCCAGCGAGAAGUACAAGGCGCUGCUGCAGGAGGAGCGUCUGAGCGGCGCCACGUGUCAGCGCUGCCACCUGCUGACGCAUCAUCGCAAGGCGUUGAACCUCAGCAUGACCGCCGACCAGUACCGCGCCGUGGUGCAGCGGCUCCGCCCCCUGAAGGCGCUGGUGCUGCUCAUCGUUGACCUGCUGGACAUCCCAGACUCCAUCGUCCCUGACCUGCCCGAGCUAGUGGGCGCCAACAAGCACGUCGUCGUCCUUGGCAACAAAAUCGACAUGCUGCCCAGAGACUCGCCCAACUACCUGCAGCGAAUCAAACGGCAGCUCUCUCAGUACUGCCAGGACGCCGGCUUCGGAGGUCAGGUGACCGACAUCCACCUGAUCAGCGCCAAGACCGGGUACGGCGUGGAGGGGCUGAUCUCUGCCCUGCAGCGCUCCUGGAAGUACAAAGGCGACGUGUACCUGGUGGGCAGCGCCAACGCCGGCAAGUCCACGCUCUUCAACACGCUGCUCGUGUCCGACUACUGCAAGUCCAAGGCCUCCGACCUCAUCCACAAGGCCACCAUCUCCCCGUGGCCAGGGACGACUCUGAACCUGCUCAAGUUUCCCAUCAUCAACCCGACUCCGUACAGGAUGUUCAAACGACAGGAGCGCCUGGACGCCACGGCGAGACAGACGGAGAGCGAGCUGUCCCCGAACGAGCUGAAGAGACUGAGACACUUCAGCAGGCAGGGAUACCUUGUGGGUCGUGUUGGGAGGACGUUCCGGUCUGGUGCGCGGUACCGGAGCGAUGAGAUAGAGUUCGAACCCGACAGUUUGGCUUUUGGAGAAAAUGACAAUGGGGAGACGGUGACAGGUGAGGACACCGAGAGGGACAUCUGAUUGGACAAAUGAUCG